AUGGAUAGAAGUAGAAGCACAAACACGAACUAUGGCAUGAUGCCAAUGAUGCCACCUUCCACUUCAGCUCCAUUUCAACCCCCAGGAACUCCCAUAGCCAUGCCGAAACUUCCAAACAAUCGCCGAAACCAAGUGCACAUUUCAAUUGAUCAUGACUACCAUGCACCAUCAAAGAGAAUAUUGGACGAACAAUCCAUGCUCAACUGGCACAACUCGGAAGCCUUUGCAAGACUCGUCGAAUUCCUGCAAACUUUGAAUCUAGCUGUGAAAUCAAAAAAGAAUUCCGAUCAAUGUCUUGUAUCCGAGGCUACCAUGAAGGUGAUCGCAGUGUUGAAGACGGUCGACCAAUGGACGGACGAAAUACCGCCGCUAGAAUCUCCACAACGUUUUGGAAACAAGGCUUUCAGGACAUGGAUUGAUCGUCUUGAACAGAACGCACACAACCUCAUAGACUCCAUACUCCCCGAGACUUGCAAAAACGCAAUCCCAGAACUACUCCCAUACCUAACAGGCGCCUUCGGUCACGGAACUCGCUUAGAUUACGGUUCAGGCCAUGAAUUAUCCUUUAUCGCUCUACUCUGUUGUCUUGAUUUGAUGGACGUAUUCACUCCCGACGACCAUCAAGCUAUCGUGACACAUAUAUUCGUUGCUUACUUGGAAGUCGUCCGCAAAUUACAAAAAGUAUAUGUUCUUGAACCUGCUGGUUCACAUGGAGUUUGGGGCUUGGAUGAUCAUCAGUUCAUACCGUAUUAUUGGGGGAGUUCUCAGCUCAUUGAUCAUCCACGUCUCAAACCAAAAUCAGUAACUCAAAAGGAGAUUGUGGAUAUGGUCGCCAAAGACUACAUGUACUUUCGAUGUAUACAAUUUAUCAAUGAGGUCAAGAAUGGACCAUUUCACGAACACUCACCCAUGCUGUAUGAUAUAUCAGGAGUCCCACACUGGUCCAAAGUCAACACGGGAAUGCUCAAAAUGUAUAUAGCUGAAGUGCUGGGCAAAUUUCCCGUAGUCCAACAUUUGACUUUUGGCAGUCUACUACCAUUUGUUGAGAGAUUCAAAACAUGGUCAGAAACAUGCACGCUCUUGCAUCCCGACUGGGAAUACAGGAUAUGGACGGACGAAGAAAACCGGCAGCUCGUUGUUGACAAUGCACCGUGGUUUGUCGCGACAUAUGAUGCAUUCCCCAAAAACAUUAUGAGGGUUGAUAGUGCACGGUAUCUAUACAUGUACGUCUACGGUGGGAUAUACAUGGAUCUAGACAUGGAGUGUCUCAAACCAAUGGAUCCGUUAUGUGGGGCUGGUAAAGUACUAUUACCGUUGCUCUUGUAUGAUAUGAAGUUCCCUAUGGUCAUACCAAAUGCAUGGCUAGCAAGCAUCCCAGGACAUCGUUUCUGGAUAACGGUGCUGUGGAACGUGAUGGUUUUCGCACACGACGCAACAGUCGAUACCGACAAUCCAGAAUCGGUCACUGGACCAAUCGCGUUAUAUCGUGCAUACAAUAAGUGGACUGAUGAAAAGGGUGAUGGUACAGAGGGAUUAGUCUUGCUACAACCGUAUUUGAUCUUCCCGUUUGCGUGGACUACGACGAAUCUUGUUGAGAAGAGUGUUUGUUGGGCUCUUCAACGCAAUUUCAGUCGGUCUCGAUGUAAAGAGUAUGUUAGAGUCGUUGAACAUGGAUCUUACACUAUAUCAUAUUGGUCACACUCAUGGGAUUUAUCUGCAAAGGACAAGGAGAAAUUAUUAGGAUCUAAACCUGCUGACUGA